AUGGCCACCAUCCAUAGACUGGCCAUGCUACAUCUCAACGACGUUGUCCUCCGAGUCCCAAAAAAAAGGGUGAAUUGGGACUCGGAGGAUGGCCGGGAACUCUCAGAGUCUAUCUGCACUGAAAUCGCAAUUCUCAGUAACGAGCAGCUCCGGAGACAUAAGAACAUCACGGAGAUGAUUGGCAUCUGCUGGGGUGUAGACAGCGACCGCGUUGUGAUGCCUGUUCUGGUGUUGGAGACGGCCCAAGGAGGCGAUCUAUGCAAAUACCUUGAAAGUUCGACGGAGCUUGAUGCGAGAGACAGGCUGCGUCUAGCAAUCCAUUGCUUUCAAGGCUUGCUUGCUCUUCACACUGUCGGCGUCAUUCACGCAGACUUGAAGCCAGAAAAUAUUCUGGUUUUCAUCGACGAAAAGGGCAGGCCAUGCGCAAAGCUUACAGAUUUUGGCUGCUCCCUUUUGGUUUCAAACAUACAUGAACCAUUCAAGCUGAAAUCAGGAACCACCUUAUGGCAGAGUCCCAGAGUUUUGGAGGCCCUCGAUGCUCAAGGCUUGCGUCAAGCUGAUAUCUAUUCUUUGACGCUCGCGGUAUCUCUUCUAUUGGUUGGGCCUUUCAUGAACAAGGUGCUUGAACAGGCACAUGUGUCAGGUGAUGGUCAAAAGCCCCUGCGCAAGCUUAAAACUGAAGAUGGUGCCCUCGCAAGCUUUAUCAGAAUGCAGAAGGAUGCUAAUGACUCGUCUGGUCCACGUGUCUUUACAGACAAAGUAUCAGGUCUCAUCUUCGAGUUCUUCGAUUCAAAGCUCUCUACCGAAGGCAAGCUUGAGGCUGGAGCCGCAGAACCUCUUGAGCUACUGAGAACAAUGCUUCACCAUGAGAUUAUAUCUGCUGCUACAGACAAUGUAGAAGUCUUUGAGACUUUUGAUUCCCUUGAAGAGGACGUCUAUUUGAGCCACUGUGAUAAUAUACCCCUGGAUCAAGCAGAGGACGUAGUAUCCCAGUCCAUGGCGGCCACAGAUAGCCAACAAGGGCUAGAUCUUGAAACUACCAUACCACUUCUUCACCAUCCCUAUCCAGAUCCAUCUCAACGAUACACAAGGGAGAUGGAGCGGAAAGUGGAGGAAGCGGGACAUGUUACCUUGGCCCCUCUACCAGAAAGGACAAUUUCGAUCAAUACAUACUUUAGCAGGCUCAGGCGCCUUCCUGGUCGAGUUGCCACAGAAAUUAUCACUCAUGUACGAGAGGUCGCCGAUUCAGACUCAUACUGCGAAACAUCACGAUCCCUCGCGGCAUAUGCAAUGGCGACGUGGCUCAUUAGCAUUCACCGAUCCGCUGCUACUUCCGCACCAUCACUUAGCCAAGCCGGACAAUACCUCGUGACGGCAGCAAAGCUGGGACAUGAAGAGGCUCGCACUACAGUGGGAAGGGUACUGAGCUGGAUAGGGAUGACGAAUCCUAUAGAUCCAAGGGUUGAAGAAGGAUGGCUAUACGACCUGGCUGUUCUUGGAGAUCGAAGUUCUUUCAAGCGAUUGAGUUCAGAGAGAUGCGCUGAUGCAUUACGAGAUCAGACGGCAGCGCUGGAUGCGCAGGUCAGAGAGGAAGCAGAUAUCUCUGCGACUUCGGAUGAGGCCUUUUCGGAAAGCAACCAGCUUCAAAACAGCAACAAAUUGAGAGACCGGCUCUCGCUCAUCUGCAGAUAUUUGGUCAACCGGAGCUGGAAUGUCAGCUUGCAAAAGGUUCUCGAGCUACCGGGUCUCAACCCUGACUUGUGCGUUUCUCUUCUGAUGCAAGCCUGUCAGAAUGGUGACUAUCAGAUCGCCAAAGUUCUCAUCGAGCACGAUACACCGCUAAGAGAUGAAACCUCCGGACUAACACCACUACAUUUCUUGGCCCAUUUCGGAGAUGAGGAUAUGCUUCCUUUAGCACGGCUCCUUAUAGAUAGAGAUCUCGAUAUAGAAACCCGCUGCAGCCUUGUUACUCCAUGCACCGUUGGACAACUCGAUUUGGGAGACACCCUUGCUGAUGCGACGCCUCUCCUAUUUUCUGUAGCGCAGUCGAGCCUCGCAGCAGUUUCGGCGCUUAUCUCCCUGGGCGCGGAUCCAUUUAACGGAGCGGAGAAGUAUGAGCCGUACACAGGAAUUAUGGCUGCCCAUAAACGUGGGAGGACAUACUCACCGGUCCAUUAUGCAGCAAGACUACAUAUGUCGGACGUCCUAGAGGCUCUAUUACCCGGGGGCAAGGAAUAUGAACAUUUACUGGAUUGGAUGUGUUAUGAAACGCACUCCCUCAAGGUCACUCCGCUCUGGUGUGCUGUCGACUACUGGUACCAGGGCCUCUACGAUCGGGUAUCACUUCAUGGGAAGGAUCACAUCAAGAGAUGUGAGGAGACCAUCACCCUUCUUCUGAAGCGUGGAGGCCAGGGCCAGGUAGUCAAUUGGGAUGUCACCACACAGGUCAAACACUCCAUCUUCACGGCAGCGACCUUGUACGGCCAACCGUUUGUGCUGAACCAUCUACGAUCUUUGAACAUCCAGCCCACCACAAAUAAUCUCAUUAGAACACUUCAGACUGCCCUCGAUGUCGAGGACUUGACAGCGGUUGAGUACCUUCUUCCACUUGCCGAAAGAGAAACACGAGACUCUGAGUCAGCGUUUCAGCUUCAGGCGUCGAUUCAAGGGCACAAGCUUCCAGACUUUAUAAGUCAUUUGUAUGAUAUCAAGGAACGCCUCGAAUCGAACGCCAGGUCAAAGCUCAAGCUUGAGUUAAUCAGAGAUCCACCGCUACAAGAAACGAUUGGCCCGGAUGUCGGCCAGGAUAUCUUGCAGCAGAAAGCUUCGCAGGGAGGCUUCAAAAUGUCGUUUACUAUCCGGCCUGGGCUUGGUGGGCGCAGCAUCAUGGAACCUGUAGGCGAGCCAAGCAUGAUGCUACCCAACGGUACGCCUUUACCCGUCGAAGAAGAAGACAGCGGCAUUUCUGCCUUUGAGAUGGCCGUCUUGGGCGGGUACGAGGCACGUGCGCGCGAACUGUACGAGAGCGAGCAUUGUGACGUGUCGUGUCGUCGUGUAGAUGAGGAUGGCGACGAGACCACCCUCCUCGCACGUCUCAUCCGAAAGAGCCGCAAGUACAGUAACUUCGAUAAGCAGAUUCUAUUUCUACUCGAGCUUACUCCCCCCAGCACGGAAGAGUUCUUUCGUGCGUGUAUACCAUCCGGGUCAACUGCCAACGAAGGGCUAUCUAUCCUUCACAUGUCUGUCAUGCUCGACGAGUGCCCAACAAACUUCAAACCCCGCGCCCCUCGUCAAAUUAUCUCUAACAUCAUUGAGAAGUACCCAGAACCAGAAUAUCUAAACGCAGUCAGUGCAGAAUUUGGCGCUGCUGUACACAUCGCAGUUGAGUGCGGUAACCUGGAAGCACUAAAAGAGCUUCAGGCCGAAGAUGUCGAGUGGAAUCUUCUAAACGCGUACGGUGAAACGCCCCUCGACAUAACAGCCCGUCGGCUCCUAAAGGUCCAUGAGUUUUUACAACAGUGCCGUCAUCUACAAAGACUCGAACAGCCGGAAGAGUAUAACGAGGCUCAUGCAGGUCAACGUCGCGGAGCAUUUGGCGAUACUUGA